AUAAAGAAAACGUUUAUUUUGGCUCAUGGUUCUGCAGGGUGUACAGGAGGCACGGCAGUGGCAUCUGCUUCUGGUAAGGGCUCAGGAAGCUUCCAGUCAUGGCAGAAGGCAAAAGGGUAAUCAGCAUGUCACAUGGCGAGAGAGAACAAAGAGCUGCCAGGCUUUUUAAAGCAACCAGAUCUCAUGUGAACUUAGAGAGUGAGAAUGUAAGGUUAGCCGAGAGAAAGGACGAGAAAGAGAGAGCCCCAAGUUCAGGCAAGCCUUUAUUAACCUGUCGGCUGCCCCCUUAACAGUCAAGGAAAGCAGCCCCAAGCUUACAGAAUGAGGGGUUUACAUUGGGGCAGGGAGUUUGAGGGAGUCCUUUGGUAUGGCUGCAUCCCGCGGUUGUUUGCUGGUUAAUUCUGCCACAUAUCACAUUGUGAUGUUUAUGGUACCAGAGGGUGUAGGUAAAGUUUGUUUAUGCUUCCCACAACCUCCCCCUGUUCAGUCCGGAUGGUUUGUACUUGGGGUUUGCUUUAUCGCAGCAAGGCCUGAUAGGUAAAGUCUUCUAUCAGGCUGGCUUCACUGCAGUGCCUAGAUAAGGGCUUGGAAAUGUAAAACGGUUUGGGGGAAGGGUGGGCAGCAUGGAGAGGUUUGGGGGGAGUGUUGGCAGUACCAAGAAACUCUUUGGGGUGGUUUGUACCUAACAGAGAACUCACUCAUUACUACAAGGACAACACUAAACCAUUUAUGAGAGAUCCACCUCUAUGACCCAAACACCUCCCACUAAACCCACCUCCAACAUUGAAGGUCACAUUUCAACAUGAGAUUUAGAGGGACAAAACAGCCAAACCAUAUCAAUGACUAAUCUGUUCUGUUUUCUGUUUUUGCUUUCUUCAGCCAUUUUCUGCUUACAAAGACAACUUCUUCUGCUCAGAUCAUUGGAACACUCAUUGUACUUGAGUAAGGUUGUAAGUCUGAGAGUCUGACCAUGUGGGCCUACUCUGGCCCUGUUGCUUCCUCACUGUGGAACCUGCACCAUGGCUCAACCCCUCCAUGGCCUAGCUUGGCUCAUUGGAGACAUGGGCUCAUUCCUAAUAUCCACCCAAGAGAUGGGUGUGCACAGUAAAUGACAUAGACUAGCAAAGCACUUAGCACAGCGGAUUGACUAUGAGUUGUCCAGGUCAUUGGCGUUUUGAACAAAGAAUUGAACAAAAUGCAUAAAGUAGCAGAGGAAUGAAAUGCAGGAACAAAGCAGUGAAAGCAGGAAUUUAUUAAAGUGAGAAAGCCCUCCGCAGGGUGGGAGUGGGUCUGAGCAAGUGGCUCAACGGGCCAGUUACAAAGUUUUCUGGGCUUUAAGUACCCCAUUUGAAGUUCUUAAUGACUACCCCUUAUCUGGAUGAAGGAUUUGGUCUGUGGAUAAUUAAAGGCUGAGGUGAAUUGGCACCCUAUGCAGAUGAAGGGAUGGUCCCUGCUUGGCCCACGGUCAACAAAGCACCCUCCCCUCCCUUUCCAUCUGAGAUGUGGUGGAAGAGGAAUGGUUGUAGGGAGAGUAGCCUCUGAUCCUUUGUUACUCAGCAUGGAGAGAUGGGUUUUUUGUCUUUUGAUUUAGCUUUAGGAAGUUUGUGUUAAUCAGCCUUAGGUUUCCUGCCCCAGACCCAGGUAUUUUCCUUUUGAUCCAGCUUUGGGAAGUCAGAGUGAAUUGGCCUUAGAUUUCCUGCCCCCAGACUCUGGUGUUUUCUCUUUUAGGAAGUUAGCACAGAGUGGCCUUAAGUUCCCUGUUUCUAGACCCUAUUUUCCUGUCUCAAUAGGAGCUCACAAUAAUUGUUCUGUUAUCACUGUUCUAAUGUAGAGCCACGUCCAAGGAUGCUAAACCCCACUGAGCUCCUGGUGACAUAGAACUUUCUUCAUCCAACAUGUAUUGAGGGCCACAUUUGCACUGUGGUCUCGGCCAUCCUCAUCCGCCUCUUAGUCCAGAGGAGAGAUGGCUCAUCAACAUGCCCAACCUCAUAGGAGUUCAGGAUCCACCCAACCAAUGGUGGAGAGCUGUGCUGGGCCAGCCCCUGGGAAUAAGCCUUGCCAGCUGACCUCAGGGAGUGACCUGGACCCUGACAAGCUGAGUGACUUCUGGGUUGAAAAGGGCAUUCCCAUAGGAGAGGCAGCACAAGCACCCUUACCAGCAAGGAAGUUCACAGUGUGCUCAGAAAACAGCACCAGAGGGAACCAGACGUUGAUGUAGGGAGACCCCCUGAAACUAUUGCUAUGGAAUAAAAGAUGAAAUGCUCCUGAUUAUUGUAAAUACAUAAUUGCAUGCAGGAUUGUGUAAAGACAAUGCCAGGUUGGACUGCCAGAAUGAGCCAACAGCCCGUGAUGUGCUUUCCCCUGCAGAGAGCCUAUGAAUGGACGUGCAGUCAGGGAGGUUUCACGUCACCAAGAUUCCUAUCCUAGAAAAGCAGAUAUUCAUAGCUCUGGGAAUGGAAUGUGACCCUUGUGGAGAGCCUAUAAAUGGACGCAUGAGGAGCGCCUGUCCAUAUGGAUAAGAUAGGGCUAUAAACGCCCUCAUCUUGCCACGGCUCUUUUAGGCCUCUUUAGGGUUAAGGCAUACUCCCUUCUGAGAAUUUCCGGUCUAACCAGUUGUCUAGCUUCACAUCCUGUUUCUAUGGAUUGGUUGUAACCAGCUUUUGCUGCAACUGUUACUGCUGACUAAUAUCUUGAUAAUCAUACGUCAUGGAAAGACUGUGUUUCUGUUUUAAGGCUCUGUUAGUAAUUACUGAUGCACACACUAUAUUGUAAAUUCUUAUCCCUGUAUACCGUACUUCUGCAUACAGCUGUUAUGUUAAAGAAUUACUUCAUCCCCAUGUGACCAUCUCACCUCAUAAUCAAAUGACCCUAAAUCCCUCACUAACCUACCCCCGCCCUCACUAAACUUAAUAAUAAACGUUGGUAUAUCCAGUGCAUCGUUGGCACCGUGGGGCCAGAAGGCAGUGGCCCCCCUGGACCCAGAUUUUGCUAUCUUGCAUGUGUCUAUUAUUUCUCGACCUGCCGAUCUGCCUGGGAACAAAGAGAGAGCACCGUUGCAUUGCAGACUGCUGGCCAGAUCCCGCAAUAGGUUGAGAGUUGUCUUACCCAGGACCCAGCAUCAAGCAAAUGCUGAGUGAAGGAGGGUUAAGGGCGGGUGGCAUGGCGGAUACCUGAGUGUGUGAGAAAGAGGAGCCCAGUGACUAACGAGGCUGGGAAAGGAAGGCCUUGGAGGUGUGAGGAGUUGGUGCCUAAGCAACUGACAAGUUCCGAGCCACAGUUUAGAAAGACUCCUCUGGGGUGGGAUGAACCAACUGCAGGGACACAUCCUGGAGCUCGGGAGAGAUCAGCAAGGAAGAAGAUCCUGAGAGGCCACGGGGAGGAUGAAGAGGGCCUGGGGGAUCAUGUGACAGGCAAGGCCUACACAGUGAGUCUUGGUCUGUGGCUGGCCUCAUACCUUGGGGCCCCACCAUCAAGAGCUCAGCACUAUUCUUGAUUGCUGCAUAGCUACAAAGAAGCUGCAGCAAGUCAGCACUAAGACCACUUUCCACAGGGCUACUGGUCCUCAUACCAUAGUCAGCUGUGCUCUGCUUGGGUCACCUGACCACGAUGAUUUCAUUCAUAAAGCAGCAACGCAGAGGGGCCAUCUCAGGGGCCUUUGGAGCAUGGAAGAGAAGACCAACCAUUUUCCUCAAAGUGGCUUUCAGGUGGCAGGUGACUCAUAAAGAAUGUCUGAAUGGUUGCUGAGGGUUGCAGAGCUGAUCUUUGGGGACUGAGCAGGCUUAGCCGGAGGCUGGAUUUCCCACCAUGACUCUUCUUAACCAGACAUAAGUCAGUGCCCUGAAUAUUCCCUCCAAGGGACAAGAGGAGCUUGAUGUCUUAGACUCGUAAUCCCAGUGUACAUUCUGUGACUUAAAACAAAGGAGAAUGGUGGCUAAUGGUCCUAUAGAAGCCACAUGACAUAGUGUGACUAAAUCAGAUCAAUACCAGCUCUUUGCUGAAUGCCACCGUGUAGUAUCCCUAGUAAUUUUUUUCAUGAUCAUUCCCCUCCCACCCAAUGGCCAAAAGCCUUUAUAUAAGUAGAGUUUAUAAGUUCGCAAAAGCCACAACAAAAUAUCAUUCUCAGUCUUAAGAAUUCCCCUAUGAAAAAGCACUUUGGUAUGUAAGUGAAAGAUGCCAGCUGUGUAAUUGAAUACUCAAGGAUCCUCAUUUAGAGAUGUCACCGAUGGCCUCUAUUUUAAUAUUUAGCCUCAGAGUGCAUGUGCCUACAGGUUACACUGAGUCCUUGAACAAAACCUUUGUAAACCUGUUUAAAAAGCUUGGCGACCAUGAACCAAGCCUGCAUCCAGGCACUGGGGGCACCAUGAAGGAUUAGAGAGCCCUGAGAUUGCAAAGCACCUUGGAAGAGCCUCUUCCAACCCUCUUCGCACUCAGGGCCGACCCUGAGUGGGCAAAGGGUGCUACUCAGUGGGACAAGGACCCAGGGUCCUUUCAGUCUGGGGCCUUUCCACUGUAUCACUCUGUCUCCCUAUACAGAGUGAAUAUUAAGAACAAAGUUGUCUUUAAUGGCUAGAGAAAAUGUAUCACCAAAAAGACUGUUGUAUCCUCUCAUCUGGGGUUGAACAUGGCUUUCAUUUGGGUUUUCUCCCUCCUCCUGCUCACCCCAACACACACUCAUAUGCUCAUCUGUUUUCGAAUACAUAAUGAUGGCGCUUUUGUGCUGGAUUACUUUAAUCAGGUCUAACUAGACAAGCAGAAACUUUUCUUAGGCUAGUCUGUGUAAAGCAGGCCUCAGAAAUGAACAUGUCUUGGGCAAUGAAAACAGUAUUUAUGGGCAAAAAUGAAACUAAAGGUAAUCUCCUGUUGUGAUCUGCAAGAGGGUGAGAUGCAGGGGCAAGCAGAGCUCCACAGGAGACUCCAAAGCACAGCUGAGGAUGUGGCCAUCCAACCACAAAUGGUGCUCUGGGUAACACAGUGGUAGAGGAGUGAGGGGAGUGCUCCCACCAUACUCAGGCAUAACACCACUCUGGGGACAACUUGACCAAGGGGAGUAAGAAACACUUUAUCUGGGCCCACUAGAGCACAUCCAACCAAUCAUUAGGAGUACUUGGAAGAGACCAAAGCAGGAAGGAGAUCGGGGGGGAUUGGAAAAGAGAGGUGCUACCACACAGAUCAGGCCAAACAGCCUGGUAGGGACCACCAUCUCCUAGAAGGCAGUCACCCAUGAGGGGUCCAUCUGACUCAGGCAGUCUUGGUGAAACCCAAGCUAGGGCUAACUAGGGGCUGGCUCUUGAGCAAAUUAGAGGCCAGCAAAUGGCCUCCCCUGUCUUCAGGGUUGGGAGUGGCCAUACAGCCAUGGUUUCUCAGCUCAUCUGGGGCCUGGCCCUAUGGCACAAUGUGACUGUCAGAAGAUGGGAGACUUUUCUGGGAACUUGAACCACUCCUGUUUAUACUUUUAGAAAAGGGAGAAGCUGAAGGCCAUGCCACCUCUCUACUCCCCCAACACCUGGCCAGGGCCCCCUCUCCAGAUUGGCUGAGAGCCACCUUUGUGACAUCAUGUGACAAAUAAAGCAGAUGAUGAGUUAAGCCACUGGUUGCCCUGAUACUGAGACUCUAGAAUUUUGUGGACAGUAUUUAUUGGGCACGCCUACUCUGACUGAAGGCAUUUUGGACUUGCUAGGACAGUGAUAAGGGCCUUGGGUACAAAAUGCUCCUGAUUCUGGUGUAGCUCCAUGGCGAGUCAGAACACUGAACAGGAAUAUGAAGCCAAGCUGGCCCCAUCUGUUGGUGGAGAGCCAACAAGCGGGGGGCCAUCUAGUUCUUCACCUGACCCAAAUCCAGAUUCCAGCGAGGUUUUGGAUAGGCACGAGGACCAAGCCAUGGGCCAAGAUCCAGGCUCCCAAGAUAACUCACCACCAGAAGACCGAAACCAACGCGUGGCCAACGUGGAAGACAACCACAACCUUUUUAGGCUCUCCUUCCCAAGAAAGCUUUGGAUGAUUGUGGAGGAAGACACAUUCAAGUCUGUGAGCUGGAACGAUGAUGGAGACGCCGUGAUCGUCGAGAAGGAUCUCUUCCAGAGGGAGGUUCUUCAACGGAGAGGUGCAGAGAAGAUCUUCAAAACAGACAGCUUGAAGAGUUUCAUUCGCCAGCUGAACCUCUAUGGAUUCCGCAAGACACGCCCAAGCAACUCUCCAGGAAACGAGAAAAUGAUGAUCUACCGCCACUCCAAUUUUCAGAGAGACAAGCCCAGGCUCCUGGAGAAUAUCCAGAGAAAUGAUAACCUCAGAAACACCGCUCAGCAAGCGACCUGUGUCCCAACUCCAAAGAGAAAGGAGCUGGUAGCUACAAGACGCUCCCUAUGUAUCUAUCACAUCAAUGCCAGGAAAGAAGGAAUCAAAAUGUGUCAGCGGGGAGCCCCCAGCGUUCAGGGAUCCAGUGGCACCCAGUCCUUCAGGCGCUCUGGCAUGUGGUUCAAGAAGAGGGCCACUUGGCAUCCCCUGGGAAAUGGGCCCCCUCAGGAACCAAAUGGCCCAAGUGGGGAGGGCACCUCUGGGAAUGUCACAUUUGCAUCUUCGGCUACUACCUGGAUGGAAGGCACAGGGCAAGUGCCUAGUAGUCUGGUUUACUCAGAUAAUGGUAGUGUAAUGUCUUUGUACAAUAUCUGUUACUACGUUCUGUUGGCCUCCCUCUCAGUCAUGUCUCCAAAUGAGCCCUCUAACAAUGAGGAGGAGCAGGAAGGCUCCUCAGAUUACAAGUGUAGACUCUGUGAACAGUUCAGAAACAACGCAAGUCCGUAAACUCACAGGCCACUAAUGGCUCAUAAAAGUUGCCAUUUUCUAAUAAGAAACACAUUUUUGGUCUUAAUAAAGAAAAACAAAAUUCCACGAAAAUAAAUAAUAAACAGUUUAAAUGAGAA